CCGCCACUCCUCCCCCUCGCAACACCCACCGCCGGCAGCGGGGAGGUAAGAGGAGGAGGAAGCGGCAGGGUCUGGGCUGCCAGCAGCGGGAGGACAAAACCCCCAUGAAAUAAAUACAAUCCCACAUCCAGCUGGGAGGAUGGGACGGGAGCGGCAGCGCUCCGCCGGCCCUCAAUGGGGGUUUCAUUGAGCGGAUAUUUGGGCUGUGCUGCGGAGCGGUCGCACCGAGCUCGCCGCGCUCUUUUCAGGUUCUGGGCACAUCUUUCCUCUCCUUGGUGGAACUACCGUAAAAUUCGUCUCUAACACGAGUCCCCAGCCCGGGAAUCGACACAGAGAGCCCCGCCAUGCCGGGAAUGAUCAGCAAGAACCCAGACCUCGAGUUCGACUCCUUGCAGCCUUGUUUCUACCCGGACGAAGAUGAUUUCUAUUUAUGCGGGCCGGACUCGGCCCCCCCCGGGGAGGACAUAUGGAAGAAGUUCGAGCUGCUGCCCACUCCUCCGCUGUCCCCCAGCCGGGCCGGGCUGCAGGAGCACCCCCCUGGAGGGGCUCCAUUGCCGUGGGGAGGGGCGGCCCUGGGGAGCUGCCGCCCCGCUGAUCCCCUGGACUGGGCGUCCGAGUUGCUCCUCCUGCCCCCCGAGGCCGAGCUGUGGGGCGGCGCGGACGGCGCGGAUUUCUUCGAGACGGGCCUUGGGGCGAGCAACAACCUCAACUCCAUCAUCAUCCAGGACUGCAUGUGGAGCGGCUUCUCGGCCCGCGAGAAGCUGGAGCGGGUGGUCAGCGAGAAGCUGCAGGGCAAGCCGCCCGCCGCCGCCCCGCCGCCUCCGCCCCCGGUUGUACCCACCGCCGCCGUCUCCGCCGCGAACGGCCCCAGCGCCGGUCCCGGCCGCGCGGAGCUGGGCGGUUCCGUGCCCGAGUGCGUGGACCCGGCCGUGGUCUUCCCCUUCCCCGUCAACAAGCGGGAAGCGGCAGUGCCGAGCGGCGGUGAGACCCUGCGAGGCAGCCGCCCGCCGCGUCCCACCGGGGACAGCCGGGCCGGGAGCAGCAGCUCCGGGGACGACACGCUCAGCGACUCGGAUGAUGAAGACGAAGAAGAAGAGGAUGAUGAAGAAGAAAUAGAUGUUGUGACAGUGGAGAAAAGACGCUCCUCCUCCAACAAGGCUGUUACCACCCUCACUAUUACAGUGCGUCCUAAAAAUACCACUUUUCCAUCAGUCAGGACACAGCAGAAUGAACUGAUUUUAAAGCGUUGCGCACCAAUUCACCAGCAGCAUAAUUAUGCUGCUCCUUCUCCAUAUAUGGAGAGUGAAGAUGCACCACCACAGAAAAAGUUAAAAGCCGAGGUGCCCCGUCCAGUAAAACCCAUGAUCCAACCAAAGUCUAAGAGUUCAAGUCCUCGAAACUCUGAUUCAGAGGAUAGUGAACGUCGACGUAACCAUAAUAUCUUGGAGCGUCAGAGGCGUAAUGAUCUACGGUCCAGUUUCCUGACGUUAAGGGACCACGUUCCAGAACUUGUUAAAAAUGAGAAAGCUGCAAAAGUUGUGAUUUUGAAAAAAGCCACUGAAUAUGUCCAUUCCCUUCAGGCAGAGGAACAGAAGUUAUUGCUAGAAAAGGAGAAAUUGCAAGCCAGGCAACAACAGUUGCUAAAGAAAAUAGAAUACAAGCGGACUUGCUAAACUUUUUUCUUUCUUUUUUGUUUUUUUUUCUUUUUUGUUUUUUUUUUUUUUUUUUGGCUGACCAGGACAGUCAUUGCCACUUUGCACAUUUUUGAUUCUUUAAAAAAAAAAUUGUUUUUUGACGUUAAGAAUGUUGGUUUUACUUUCAAUUCAGUCCCUGAAGUAAUUGACAAACUUUAUUAUCCGGGUACGGAGCAAAUGGAUGUUCUUGCAAGAAGUUUAUUGCAAGACUACCAAACAACAAUUGACUGCCUUUGUUUUUCUUCUUAAGAACUGUAGAUGGUGGAUUUUUUAAUUUCUUUUUUUUAAUUGUUGUGAGCAUUUGGAGCUGCUGAUGACAUCUAGUUGAGUUAAAAACAUUCAUUCCUAAUUUUUAUGGUGCUUAUGUUCUAACAGAUGUUACUUUAGGGGGUUGGCAUUUGUACCCCUCUGGGAAUUUUCUGUAAAUACCAUCUACACACUUGCCUUUUGUACAUGUCUUGGGUUAUGAGAGGUGGCUUUUGCUGCCAGUAUUAGACUGGAAGUUCAUACCUAAGUACUGUAAUACCUCAAUGUUUGAGGAGCAUGUUUUUGUAUACAAAUAUAUUGUUAAUCUCUGUUAUGUACUGUACUAAUUCUUACAUUGCCUGUAUACUUUAGUAUGAUGCUGAUACAUAACUAAAUUUGAUACUUAUAUUUUCGUAUGAAAAUGAGUUGUGAAAGUUUUGAGUAGAUAUUACUUUAUCACUUUUUUGAACUAAGAAACUUUUGUAAAGAAAUUUACUAUAUAUGCCUUUUCCUAGCCUGUUUCUUCCAGUUAAUGUAUUUGUUAAUGUUUGGUGCAUAGAACUGGGUAACUGCAAAGUUCUGUGUUUAAUUUCUUCCAACGGUGUACAUUUAGUGCUGCGUCUUAUAGCACUUUG